ACGGCGUGGACAUGCUGUUAAAGCACUGAGCCUCCAGACCAUCCGCUCUCAUCUUUACCACGUCAUCCCGACUUCUUUACCUCCUUUUCCACCUCCAGCACCUCCUUUCUACCCCAGCUACUAUUCACCAUGGGAGUCGCUUACAGCGUCGAAGAGGUUGACCACCUCUACACCAAGGACAACAACAUUAGACACUGCAAGAAUCCCCGCUACCUGGUAGUGGAGAACGACAAGCUAGCUGUGAUUGACAAGUUAUUCCACGACCCUGCUGCCCCUGCCGCCAAAAACUGGGAGAUCAUCACAGUGAAGGAUUCAGUGAAGCGUCGACGGAGUGUGUGCAGCUCAGUGGAGAGUAACCGCUCUGAGGACGAGGAACCUGAGGACUUGCUUCCUGUUCUCAGAAACCACAGCCAGCUCCUCAACGACCACCACAUUGAGAGUCUAGCCAAUCACAUGCCAGCAAGGACACAGGGGUAUCCAUGGAAUCUGGUCUACAGCACAGCCAUUCAUGGCACCAGCCUGAAGACUCUGUACAGGCAAAUGGCCCAAAUCGACAGUCCUGUGCUUCUGGUCAUCAAAGACAUGGAAAAAAAGGUGUUUGGUGCCUUCUCCUCCCAUCCCUUCAGAGUGAGUGACUGUUGCUAUGGAACAGGAGAGACUUUUGUCUACAGCUUCGACCCUGAAUUCAAGGCAUACAGGUGGAGUGGUGAGAACUCGUACUUCAUCAGGGGCCAUAUGGACUCUCUACAGAUUGGUGGAGGAGGGGGGCGUUUUGGCCUGUGGCUGGAUGCUGAUCUGUACCACGGUGCCAGCUACGCCUGUCACACCUUCAACAACCAGCCCCUGUCUACCCAGCAAGACUUCACAGUGCAGGACCUGGAGGUCUGGACAGUCCAGUGAACAGAGCGAGACACUGAGAGACUCAGAAGCGGAAAAGAGAGAGAGAAAAAAGCCAGAGCCAUGUCUAUCUAUCUAUGGUUUACAACAUGGCUUUACUUGUGUUCAGUGAGGUUUAGCCUGUGUUCAAGCGGUUAGAGUACAGUAAGCCUAGUACAGUAAGCUUGGUUUAUCCAGUGAUUGUAUAUGAAUGGACAAAGCCAUCAAUCAUGUGACACCAGUCAUUGUAGCCUCCUGUAGCUCAGUUGGUAGAGCAUGGCGCUUGCAACGCCAGGGUUGUGGGUUCGAUUCCCACGGGGGG